UGGAGCAGCGCGUUCCCCGGGGAGGGAGGAGAGGGGAGGGAGGGAGGCUGGGCGCACAACAGCCUGUCGAUAAGUUUAAGUUUGUAGCGAACAACAUGAACAUGUUGGUGUUACCUGUGCUGCUCAGGUAGCUCUGUGAGAAGAAAAAAAACCCCGCAGUUUUGUGAGCUUAGUGGAGAUUUUCAGAGUAAAGCUGUGGACUGAGUUUCAACUUCAGGACCACCGGCUGUCCAGCGUCUGUGUGGAGGUCCAUCACCCUCCAGGCUGUGGACGGGAUGAGUGAGUGAGCGCCCCAUGAUUUAGCCCGCGACCAUGGCCUGGAGAGUGUGGUCAAAGCUCUGCUGUGGUCAAAAAUGGCUGCUCCUCCUGUACCCCCUCUUCCUCCUCCUCCUCACAAUCUCAGUGAUGACUAUCACUCUGCCCCUCCCCUCACCGCCUGCUGACAUCGGCCGGCGGUCAUCGUCCCGUGCCCUGAGCUCCGCUGGGGGGUUCACAUCCAGGCCCGGGGUCGUAAAGGCUUCUCCAGCCACUGCCCCUGAGCAGCCACUCACUCACAUCUACGACAAGUCCUGGAGAAGCAGGACUGGAAAACAGUCUAAUGACAAGAACAGCAUCGAGAGAAGUCACACAGACUCGCGCCGAAAACACAAAAACAAAGGCGUCGCUUCCAAAAGCAAAGAGAUUUCAGGCGCCAUCCAGCAGCCAACCCCUCAUCACCAUCCCCGUCUCCCACAGUUUACAGUCAACAAAGGGCCAGAGCAUAGAAUUAAACCAAGCAACCACAGUGCUGUGGUGAGGCCCGCUGCUCACACAGACAUUCAUCUUGAAAGGAGCAAAUCCAGAGCAGCACGUUUCCCCGCUGCAGUAGAUACGUUAACGACUGACAGACGAGCUGCAGGCGGACAGGCAGGCAGAGGCCGGGACAGACACACAAACAGGAACGCGCAAAUACAUGGCAGCCGUGCAGGAGCAAAGUUAGCUGAAAUUCACCAGGCUUUGGGUAAACACGGACAUGCAACAAAGCACUCUGGGAAAUCUGAUAAGGAGCAGCAGGCUGUGAAAAAGCCCUUCGGGGAUCUCAAAAAACACCAUAAUCUCUCAGAAGGUCCCUCUGAAUCGCAGAAGGAUUCAGAGUCGUUGGACCAUAGGAAGGCAUCGUCCAGGCCCCAGGCCGCCGUAAAGGAAGAUGACAGCAGCUGGUGUCGGAGAUUCACGGAGCAGGAUUUCCCAGACGGUGACCACAGGAGGGUCAGGAUUAGUCCAGAUCUCUGGCCUCUUCCCUGGCUCAGCAAAGAUGACAUCCAGAAGAUGGAGCUCCUCGCCGGGGGUGCGGUGGUCAGCAAGGCCAGGGUGCCUGCACACGGACAGGUGCUCCAGGUGUCACUGGAACCUCAGGAACAACAGCAGCCACCACAGAGGAGGGUCUCACAUCAGCAGAGACAAGAGCAAAGACAUCCAGAGACCCAUACAGAGCGCUGCCAACGGGGGCGCUGCUCCCUGAUCAAACGCACCGACGACUGGUUUGAGGUUUUUGCCUUCCACCUGGACAGAGUUCUGGGACUCAACAGAAGUCUCCCUGCGGUGCUGAGGACUUUCCACAGUGACAUUCUACCGUAUCGGUACAUCACCGGCACCCCCAGACCUGUACUGUGGUGGGACCCGGAUAUUCAGCACCUCGCUGACAGAGACAAUGACCAGAACUCAGUCCCACUCAGCUGGGUGCAGUACCAGAAGCUGCUGCAGGUCCACUGUGGGAGUGAAGAAGACCUGAGGUCAGGACGAUGUGUGGGAGUCCACCACUCAGAGUGGGGGAGACUGGCUCUCUUUGACUUCUUAUUACAGGUACACGACCGUCUGGACAGGUAUUGCUGCGGUUUCACACCUGAUCCAACAGAGGUGUGUGUGGAGAACCUGCUGCACGACAAGUGUGACAACACCAAGGAUCUGCUGCUGGUUCACAUCCUGGUGAGGAAGGCAGAUCCCUCCAGACUGGUGUUCAUAGACAACGCCGGCAGACCACAUCAGUCCACCAACAACCUCAACUUCAGGCUGGUUGAAGGGAUUGCCGAGUUUCCAGAGAAAGCGGUGUCGGUGCUCCAGUCUGGAUGCCUGGAGAGUCUUCUUCUGCGCUCCAUAUACACAGACAGGGAAUUCUGGGACAGCCAAGGUGGGCUCAGCGGUCUCCGGCCUCUCAUCCACGAGGUGGAGCAGAGAGGGAAAAUCCUCCUCCGGCACAUCAGGGACAGGGAGCUGCAGCUCAACAGGGAUCUGUGACUGAGCCGAGCCGGCCAGAGCAGGAGUUAAACAGCGUCUGCAGGUCGAUGGGCUGAAGAUGACGAGGCUUCACUGUGGUCAAACACAGAUCAUUCUGCGGUGACAGACAUCCUGAAGGAUUUAAACGACUCAGCUGAUUCAAGACAACAUCAGGAUGUAAAAGAAAAAACAACAUUUGUAUUGAAAUGCACAUUAAAAACCAAGAGUGAUGAUUUUGUCCAAAAGUCAAACUGAAAUCCCAAAAGUCGUCUGUUGUCACUUUCCACACUGAUGUGUGAGUCAGCAGGAGCAUCAAGACACAAGCAGCGUUCAGAACGUCCUCGUCCACUCACUGACUCCCUGUGUAAGGUUUGCUACAGACGACUCACUGACUUACAACUGAUCUGUAAAGAAUCAGUAAAUCAUUUAUUAACCAUUAAUAAAGGCAUUAGUUACAGCUGAUGAACCCUCUACAAAGAGGUUUAUUAUAAAGUGUUGCUGACAUGUCGGUUAUAAAUCUAUGACUGUGCAGCAGAAAACGACAAGAGACGACAAAUCUACAUUUAAGUCGCUGAAACAUUUAAAAGUGUAUCUGAAACAGUUGAGAUGUUUCAUGCUUCAGACAGAUCAACAUGAUUCUCCUCUGGAAACAAAUCAAACAUGAACCUGGAGGUGCGUCGGCGCCUCCGUCCUGUUGGAAUAACGCUGAAUACACACAGACUCUCACGUCCACAGCAUCCCACUCAUAAGAGUCAUCAAAUGAAAAGUCCCUGUAGCUACGGUGAUCAGAUCCCAGCGAAGCAAAUGUGGAGCAAAGAGCGUUUAUUUUUUGUGUGGGAUGUUGUGGGACACGGUUCUGACGCUGAGCUGCUCAGUGUGGUGAACGCUCGUUAUUUCAGCUGCUGGUUCUCUCUCUGUCCGGGAAUCAUCUUUGGGUUUCAGUAGGAAUGCAUCUAUAGAUCAGCUCGUCUCCGUUUGAACCACAUGUUAACUCACAUGUUCUGAGUCGCUUCAUGUCAGAUAUAUAAUAUAUAAUAACUCUGGCUAAUAUCUCUCUGAGAAUCACCUGUUAAAAGUAGUUACCCAGUCUUUGUUGUAGCUGUAUUUCCUUUUCCUUGUAGUAGCAUCAUAUUCUAGGUAAAUCUGAAUUGCCUGUGACUUUGUGGUGACCAGUUCUCCCUGUUGGCCGUUGUCUCGACCUGGCUCUCAUACAGAGGCCCUGAGAGCUCAACACACUUUCAGAAAAACACAUGCAAUUAGACAAGAUAAAAACAAAUUCAGAAAACACCUUCAUCAGUCUGACAACUCGUGUUGCUGCAAAUACUCUCAACACGACAGAAGUGUUUCCUACACACAAGGAAGUGAUGAGGGGGCGCCUCAUGGCUCACCUGGUAGAGCGGCGUCCUCACCACAGCGGCCCAGGUUAGAGUCCAACCUGUGGCCCUUUGCUACAUGUCAUCCCCCCUCUCUCUCUCUCUCUCUCUCUCUCUCUCUCUGUCUCCCUGUCUCUCUCUCUCUUGCUGUCGUGAUGGAAUAAAGGGAAAAAAAAAGUGAUUGACCUGGCUUGGACGUACUUGUUCAAUUGUGUUGUGACUAUUUGCAGCUCAUGUGUUGUCAAAUUGAUUUCUGAAUUUGUCUGUGUUUUUUCUGUUGACAUGUGUUUUCUUAAGUUGCAGUGUAGUGAGCUCUCAGGGCCACCGUACUCUAAGGCCAUGACAAAAAGCAAGGGAAAGACAAUGAGGUGAAUAAUAAGAAUAUUCUUUUUUACAAUAAAUAGUACAACAAACACAAAGACACUAAGGAGUGGUGCGUGGGUGCUCUGGUGUGGGUGCAUGUGUACAUGAGUGUGAGUGAGAGGAGGUGUUCGAUGCAUGAACACAUAGUUACAAAUGUGAAGGAACAGAGUGAGAGAGAGAGAGAGAGCCUGAAGAGGCGACCUCUCACAGGUCAGAAGCACUGGGUCUAAGUGUUUCCAGCUGAGGUGAUCUAAACAGGACUCCGCCCUCCAGGUAUCUGCUGCACCACAAAUGAAAAACAGAAUAAGAAUGAGCCGGAGGACCAUCACAGCCACAGCCACAGCCACAGCCACAGCCACAGUCACAGUCACAGCCACAGUCACAGCCACAGCCACAGUCACAGCCACAGUCACAGUCACAGCCACAGUCACAGUCACAGUCACAGUCACAGCCACAGUCACAGUCACAGCCACAGUCACAGCCACAGCCACAGCCACAGUCACAGUCACAGUCACAGUCACAGCCACAGUCACAGCCACAGCCACAGUCACAGUCACAGCCACAGUCACAGUCACAGCCACAGUCACAGCCACAGUCACAGCCACAGUCACAGUCACAGUCACAGUCACAGCCACAGUCACAGUCACAGUCACAGUCACAGUCACAGCCACAGCCACAGCCACAGUCACAGCCACAGCCACAGUCACAGCCACAGUCACAGCCACAGUCACAGUCACAGUCACAGUCACAGCCACAGUCACAGUCACAGUCACAGUCACAGUCACAGCCACAGCCACAGCCACAG